AUGUCGACCAUCAAACCGGCUCGACUCAACGCAGUCUACACCGAGUCUAUGGCCGAGUUGAUUGAAGCGCUACGGAGCAAGCUCCUACUCUACUUUGAGGAUAAGGAAACCGAGCAAGCAUGGAGCGCCUACAUCCGAAAUAGCGCCAGGCGAUUCCAGAUCAACUUCAACAUCUGCGCACUCUAUCUGGUUGGAAUAUCCAUCAAUUCCAUCACGGGCGGAUAUAUAAAUGUCUCUGACCUACCCGGAGUCGCCGUCACCGGCCUUAUGUUCCUCCUUAUGGUCCUGAUGCUGUCUUUCAAGCACCUGCGGUCGUGCAUGAUGUAUGCGCAAGAUUUGAUGGUCGCGGCCACGGUGUCGACGUGGGUGUGCUUGGUCCUCGGUGGAAUUCAAGCUUGCGGCUCGGAUUGGAUACUAUGGGAAACGGCCGACAAUUCUGCGGUCGUCUUUGCCCUCACGGCCCUGGUCAAACUGCCAAAGUCGGUCAUUCUCGCCCAGUGUCUCAUUUUCAUUGUUUUGAGUGGCAUAAUCUGGUCAGUCACCGAGGGUGAGCAGUAUCAAGGCGUCGUUGGGUUCGAGAUCACCUUUGGAUACAUCAAGAUCAUGGCUACGGGGCUCUUUGCCUCGGUCGUGGAUGACGCCAUCAGUCGCGAGAUGUUUGCUCUGGCCUGCACCCUCAACCGAUCGCCGGACCAUGUGGACCUCCACCUGCUUGGCGAUGUUCGUCGCUACUUUUCAGAAGUCCGGAUGGACACGGGCGAAUUCAUCUUCUCGUUCUAUCGUCCCUUUGCUGCAAUCUACAAGGAGCCCAGUCGCAAGAAAUGCAGUCUCCGCACUUGGUGGCAUGACUGGAUCGACCUGCGCUUCACCAACAAGGAUUUGGAAGCAGAGUAUCGAAUAGCACGGAACCCGAAAGCCAUUCAACAGCACCUCAUCACCACAGUCAUCAAUGUCGCCAGUGCUGUUGUACCGCUGUGCCUCAGCAUCCUUGACCAGGCCUUCAAUGCCGAUGCAACGACCAUGUGGACGGCACCGAUGCAGCUCGUAUAUUUCCCCGUGGUUUUGACCAUACCAACUCUGCUGCUCGUUCUGAGGUCUGUCCGGUCGUCCGCAAUGGCGGUCCAGAUGAUAAUCCUCUUUACAUCUGUGGCCAACAUUGUGGGCUGGACCCUCAGCCACUUUGCCUAUAUCCUGACGGACAAUGCAGAUGGACCAGUGUCGAUCCCGUUCCACAAGAGUCUUGCGGCUGUUGCGGUCUCGAUCAUCUCGGCAUCGGCGCAGUCCGGGCUAUUGUCAAUGUUCUAUAUCCCAAUCCUGUUACUUCUCACGGUCCUGAAUGCGGGAUCUAUACUGUUGCUGAGCGAUGAUCAGUUCACCUACGAGAUCACGAGCAUUCCAGAGGUGUGCAUGGCAGCGUACUUUAUGUGCAUCAAUAGCGAAUAUGAGUCGCGAAGGUGGUUUCUGAUCAAGAAGCUCGAGAAGCAUGACAAUCCAAAGACAUCUCCGACUGCAUCGCGCCCAUCACCCGUGCAAAUCGAACGAUCGGCCGUGAACACAGGCGAUCCCAACAAAUCCAUGUGCUGA